CGUCCGCUCAGUCAGUCGUCGUCCACCCGCAAGGCAACAUUUAAUUUUAAUUUUAAGUUCCCUCACGAAUUAAUUCGUGAACAAAAAAUUAACUUUAUCACACGCGCGCGCGCCAUUUUGCGAGUGCGAAAUUCGCGAAACACUAUUCGAGUUAAGUCAUACUUAUUUUUAAUAGCAACAACUACAAUUACACGCACCCAACCAAAAUCGAAAUUAUCGACUUACGAAAAGUUUAGCAAGUUGUGAAAUCACACGUCUCCUGUGCAAAGAAAGUAAAGAAAAAAGUUACCAAACGAACAGUUACGCACGAGUUUAUUUAUUUAUUUAUUUCAUACAAAAAACGCAAAAGUUUUAACGAAAAAAAUUCAACGAACCCCCAAACCCGUUUGGCUGUGUCUUAGUUUUGUUAAGUUACCACAAGUUUCGAAAUUCAACGAUUCCGUUCGCCCCCUUCGAGUUACGAACAUUUUUUUUUAUAUUUUUCACAAGAAAAAAAAGUGCGAAGAAAAACUUAAAUUGAUUGACAGAGUCAAAGUGGAAAAGGAGAAAAAAAAUCGAAAAGUGUGAUCAAAGUUUGAGGAGAUCAACAGUUGUGUAGAAGAAAAAGAAGAAGAAAAGAGUCAAAACCAACACAAGUAAAGUGAAGAAGAAGACACCAGAAGUGGGGAAGAAGACCAGUGCUGACAGAAAUAGAGUGCGAAUCGGCCCCGCGUGCGUAAUUUUGUGUAAUCCUUCCCGCUCAAAGUGAGAAGUGAGCAUAACACCGAGUUCACUAAUCAACGCGCCAAGGGGUUAGAAUUAGUGUCGCCGAGCAUAAUCAUCAGCUGACAUAUCGAGGGGAAGGGUGUUGAAAUUGAAGAACGCGUGCGACACGGUGAGCUCAGUUUGCGGCGUGGCGGUAGAAAGGCGGUUUAACGAUUUGGUGCCGCAAAGAAAUGGGAUCGGUGUAAUUGGAUUUGUUUACGCCCCCGCAAAGUAAAGAGAUAAGAAGCCGAUUACACAUCCACUGAACAUCCAGCGCGCGCGCUCCGCCUGAACUCUGCACACACAACCCAGAACUUCAAACCAAAACCACUUCUCGACAGCCAGCGUCCACUGGGUCAGUGACAAGUGUUGAUGCACAGGAGAGUAGCUCCACCGAAUUGACUUAAAACUAAACAAGUAGGAAAAAUUAAAAUUAAAUGUGAACCUGGAUCCCGCAAGCAAGCAGCAAACGUGAAAAUGGCAGACAUCGGCAUCAAGCGUCAGAGCAACGGAAGCUCCGGCAAGGGCACAUCUGGUUCGGUAAAGCCUGUGAAAAUGGAUCGAAGAAGUGCCAGUAGAGCUAGAAGCACGGGAAGAUCCGGCAGUGAAGCAAAUGACAGUGAGAAAGUGACCUUGUACUUGAGUGGCCUGAAGGCUAGUGAGUACCAGAAGCGGAAGAGCGCUGAAGAAGUGCCGGAAGAUGGCGCGAUCAAGUGUGACAGUGACAAAGAAGUGAAUAGCUUGAAGAGGAAAAGUGUUGUGGUAAAUCAAGCAACCUGCGACAACAGUGUAGAUCUCCAGGAAGAACCGACGUACGCAGCGGUUCUGAAGCAGUCAGACAAGGAAAACACACAGCCUGCUGCGACGGCCAGCCACAAACGCAUGAAGAUGGAUCCGCUCCACGGCGAGUCGCCUGUCAAAGUGGUGGUCAGCAAACCACCGAUUCCGCCGAAACCAGAUGUCGCCAAGGCGCCGUCACCGCCAGUUACGACCAAGUCCAAGAAGCACGUGGUCAGCGAAGCCCACAACGCGCUGACGGUGCAGAAGCUGCUUGCCCAGAACGAACAGAUGCGGCUGGAGAUCAACGAGCUGCGCACGAGUUUGGCCACGGAACGAGGUGCCGUGAGGGUGUUGAGAGCCCAAAACGAGUCCGACCUGCGCCGGUCCAAGACGGAGUGCAAGAAGCUGCAGGAAGCGCUGUCCCACCAGAAGCGUAAUUCUGCGGCAACGAACCAGUCUUGCACGACGACGACGAAACCGAAACCGGUCAACAGGUCGGAAGGGGAGCAGCAAAGUAGCAGUGCUGCUAGUUGUAGCAGUAGCAGCAACGGUGGCCAUAACCAGCAAUCAACUCAUGCGCUGCACCAGCUCAAUCUGGACGUUCUCAAGCUGAAUCAGGAGCUUUCCGCUCUGCGAGAGACCAACAAGUUCUUGGAGGAGAAAAUUCAAAUUUCCUCGGAGGCUGAACGGCGGAAAGCUUCCGAUUUUCGCGUGCAACGGGACCUGUACGAACUGCGAUUGACUCAACUCACCAAGUCUGCCAAAAGCGAGAUCCAACGACUGCUGGAGGAGCUAAAAUCCAAAGACCGCAACAUUGGUCUUUUGAGGAAAGAGAUUUUAGCUCUGCAAGGAGGAGGAGGAGGAGGAGCAACCGCCAACGCCGCCAAGAAGGAGAGGAAGGCUGCUAAAAAUUCCGCUCAGCAAUCGCAAGAGAUGCGAAAAGUGCGUGAGCCCGAGCCAUGUAGCGGAACAGUCAGCAAGAGCACUAGCCACAGCAGCAUCCAGUCGUCUGUCUGUGAAGAGGAGCUGGAACAGCAUAAUGCUGAAACUGACCGGGUAGCGGCCGUACGAUCCACGGGCAAAUCUGCAACGACGACUACGGCGACCUUCUGCUGCAAAUGCUCUCCUGCUGCUGCGGCGGCGAUAAAUUGCUCCACUCUGGAAGUGACGACGACAACAAAGACUACCAGCGCCAGUCGAGUCGAUGAACGGCAGGCAAAUACAACGAAUAUUGUUUACUGUAGCAAUGGUAGCAACGUAGAACUAGGAUUAGACACGACGACGUGUGGCGAUGACAGUAGCAGUAUGUCGAAGCCACACGAAUCACGAACAAUGGAAGCUCACAACGACGACGAAUCGCAACCUGCUUCUGCUAGUGUUAGAUUAAGUGAACCAAGUGUACACCCGAGAACGACAAUCAUGACCACCGCAAUGCGACAGCUGUCGACGGUUUCGGACGCCGAUUCGGCCAUUUCGUCGGCACCGGCCUCGCUCAGCCCGCAACCCACCAGCUGUCCAAAUUCGCCCGAAGUUUGGCGCGCACAUCCCGGCCAUGAUCAGCAGCAGCAGCAACUCCAUCUGCAAUCGCUGCGCGAUCAAAGCCAACUGGCGGAGAUCAAGCUGGAGCUGGACCGGAUGCAGGCCAAGUACGACCUGCUGAGUGCCGAUUACGGCAAAGCCAAAGAUCAGAUCGACACUCUGGAGAGGGAACUGCUGGAGACGACGCAGAGUGCGCGCGAGAGGGUCAAGCUGGCCGACCGGAUCGAGUACCUGGAGCAGCGCGAGGAGAGUCUGCUCCGCGAGAGCCACGAGUUGCGCGAGCAGAAUGAACUGCUCGAAUUCCGGAUCAUCGAGCUGGAGGAGAGCCACGAUAAGUGGUCACUCCGCAGCAACUCGAGUCCAGCAACGGUCGGCAGCAGCAGCACGAGCAGUGGCAGUUCCACCGAAGGCCACCACGGCAACACCAAGGACGUAUGGACGGACAAGCACGACCAUCACCACGAUCCGGACGAUCUGAUCAUGCACCAUCACCACCACCAUCAUCAUCACUCGGAGCGGUCCGACUCGGGGGUGACCUCGCCCAACAGUCACCACCACCUGGAUGACACCCGGACCAGUGGGGUUCCGUCGCCGUGCUGUGAUUUGUCGCUGCUGGACCAGAUUCCGACGGACGACGUGCGGAAGCGGAUCUUCACGAUGAGCAAGAGGGCGUGCUACGACGACGAGGACAAGCAGUGCCUGCUGCAGAUAUUGACGCUGCUGAACAACCUGGAGGCGCUGUCCCAGGAUCACGAGAUUGGUGGAGGAGGAGGAGCGGGAGCGGGAGCGGGCGAGGACAUCAGUCUGGAGGUGGCACCUGUGAAGUACAACUACCCCUUCCCGGAGAGCAACCCACCAAAGUCCCUGCUGGUCACCUCAACCCCGUUCAAGACCACCCCAGCGCACCAGCAGGGCAAGAUCGUGGCCACCGUACAACCGUUCAGCAACAGCAACAACUCAACCUCAACAAACGGCGAACCAAAGAGCAUCUCGAUCGCAUCGAUCGCGGAAACGUUCGGAGGCAUGAAGAAGUCCUGCAAGUGGGGCUCGACGAGUCUACAGGAGAGCGGCGUGUUUGUGGACGAGAUGAUGGUGAGCAGUGCGGGGACGCAGACGGAGCUGGAGGACUUUCCGUGCCUGGAGCGGACGAACGCGGAGCUGUGUGCGGAGAUCGACAAGCUGAACAAGUUCCGGCAGAAGAUCGAGGAGUGUUCGGGGGGCAGCAGGGUGGUGAAGAACCCGGUUGGGGUGAGUCUGUCGCUGCCGGCGGAGUCCUGCGAGCAGCGGAGGUUGCAGUACUACGUUAACAGGUUGGAGCAGCUGGAGAAUAAGGUAAAGGUGUACGAGAGUAGUGGGGAUGCGCAGUUGCGACAUCUGGCGAAUCGGAUGCAGCGGGAGAUUCAGCUGGAGGGAUGGGUUGAUCAGUUGAGCGAGAAGGUCGGUAAGUUGGAGGAUGAGAAUGAGCGGUUGGAGGAGGAGCGGUGUGAGUUGGAGGAGAUCGAGAAUGAUACGAGGUUGAGACUGCAACGGAUGGAGGUGGACUAUGAGGUGAUGAGUCAGAGGAACUCCGAGCUGGAGAUGUCCAAGAAUCAGUACCAGUCAAAGUAUCAGGACGCACGGGAUAGCAUAAUGAAUCUGGAGGAACUUGUGCUGAAGUGUGAAGAGAGGAUAUUCGUGCUGGAAGAGACGGAGAACGAGCUGAACGAUCGGAUCGACCUGGUGCUGGCGUUCAUCCCGGUUCUGCUCAUGUACAACAGCUGGCAGCUUCAGGAACAAAUGGCCGCUACCAAGCGACAGUUCAACGCCAUCAACUACAUCCCGCCGGAGCACAUCGAGUACUAUGAGUCGACCAACGGCGAUCUCCAGAUGAGACUGAACGAGCUGAUGACGCGCGAGAAGGAACUCACGCAAAACAUUGCCGAGCUGAACCGGGCGUACAACGAAACGCUUGAAAACGCCGACAACCUGUGGGCUCAGAUGGAGAAAGAGUACAAAGACAAGAUCUCCAAGUGCGAAACGGUCGAAACGAACCUCAAGUCCAAAAUCUCCCAACUCGAAGAGCGACUCAGCAAAGACAGCGAGUACGCCCACGAGCGGAUAUCACACCUGGAAGAGGCGGAGAACAGCCUCAAGAACCGAGUCUCCAAACUCAACAAAGAAAACAAAGAGCUCAUUGCCAAACAUGCCGCCCUCCUCGAAGAGUACUCCACCCUCAAAGAAGAGUACCGCAAACUCCAGGACUACCUUCGCGGCCCAGCCGCCGAAAACCUCGAAAAGGAAAAGCGCAAAAUCCUCACCCUAGAAGAGGAACUCUCCCACUCAACGCGUCAACUCAAGGAGGUCGAAGACUCCCACCGGUCCGAACUCGGCCAUCUCCGCGGCCAGCUAAUGUGCGCCUCCAAGGAGCUCAACCACAUCGAGGUCACCAACAGCGAGCUGCGCGAGGAGGUCGAAACGCUCGAGGGUCGCAUCCGGGAGCUGCUAACGCUGCGCAACGCCGACGACGAACGCAUCAAGCAUCUGGCGGAGGAGCUGCAGGCGAAGCAGGCCCAGAUUCAGCACAUGCAGCACAGCGGGAGCACCAAAGUAGGCGGUGGCGCCGGUUACGGUCGCAGCUUGGCGCAGGAGCUGGGCGGGCCCAUCAAGGGCAGCUACUCGAAGUUGGGCUACGAGAUACAUCCGCUGAACCGGCGGUUCCCCGGGGACAGUGACAGCAGUGGAAGUGAGGACAAAAUCAAAUUCCCCGUCGCCAAGCCGGCCGGCGAAGCCAAAGAGGUCAAGAGUCUGGCCGAGACGAUCAUCUUGAACGCCGAGAGCCGCGGCAUCCGCGCACCAAAGAAGUCCUUCGUCGAGGAGGCCCGCAGCCGCUUUGCCCGUUGGGUGUAAACAAAAACAAGAGUUUUUUAUAGUUUUUCAUCAUUCAUUUGUACAUUUGACAUCGCAAACGUCACACACACGCAGAGCCUGACAGAGCAUCUCUGUCGGCCGGAUGUGUCGGGCGUGUGACCACUAACAGCAGCGUCUCAGCUGUCAAAAACAAAACUUGACCGGGAAGUGUACUGAUUGUGAUAAACUAAAGUGCCUUGCGUUUGGGCAGUCUCUGUCCAAACACUAGCGACACGCGGCGGUGGCUGAUCGAAGCACGCACCCAUCAAAGUAGGCCAGGCUAAUCAAAGCAACUAUCCGAACCAUCCCAGCAUGCGUGGAGCAGCAGCUGUCGGAACAUGAAUCUAGUCGUUCACAUAAUUAUCAUUUUUUUUUUGUUUUUGUAAAAAGUAAACAAGUUUUAUUAAGGGUUCUCUGUAGCCACACUUAACCAAUAGUUUGCACGUCCUCACCAACACAAUGAAAAUAAAGCAAACACUUAUUUAAGCGAAUCACGAACCAUAAAAAAAAAUCACGAAAAAAUGUUGAAACGAAACGAGUUAAGAAUCUCAAAACCAACACGUUCAUUUUCUCUGUCACCCUCAAACCGUAGUUCCGUUUUGCACACUUGGUUUUCAUCAUUAUUUCCCACUAGCAAAUAAUUAUGUUAAGCUUGCACGCCCCCUUCGACUUUGUUCUUUUGUUUUUUGUUGUUAUUUUGUGUAAAUAUCAUAAGUUAAACAGCACGAUACUUUUUCUAAUUUUCUCUAUAUUUUUAUAGUACAAUUUACGUUAAGGUCUUUUUUUUUCUUGCACGAUCGACCCACAGUAGUUUGUUCAGUUUUUAUUCUCUUUCAGUUCACGUAAAGUUAGACGAACUCAUCCAUUUUUUUUUUCGACUGUAAGCGAAACCAUAAAUUACUCGAGUGGUUGAGAUUCGCUGGUUAAAGUGUCAUUUUCGAGGAUGCUUUUGCUAGAAAAUCUCAACCGACACAAAAACAGAAAGAUGAGCAAAGUAAUGUGAGCUUCCAGUCACAAUCAACAGAGGUAACAACAACUCUCAAAACCAAUCAUACCACUUACAUAUCCGUGUAGUAAUGCAUGCGAAACACACACCCACCCGUUUGUAAUCAUUUGAUUGUUGCCGGAAAGUCCAAUGUAACGGAUCGAUUGUGAAGUUUGGAGUAGAAAUGGAACAAAUAUAUUUGCAUCUUUAUUAGAA